CAUAACAAACAAUGAGUGUUAGGCUCCACAGUCCAGCUUUGUCCACACAUUUACACUCAUGUUUGGACGGAGCUUUCUGCACUGCUGCAGUCAGCGAGAGAGAGAGAGAGACAGAGAGAGAGAAGGGGGACUGCGCAAAAACCACGGUCCGGAUUUGUGGCUGACUGACGUCAUGGGGAGCCACAGACCUGUUUGACAGGACAAGCACUGGGGAUUCACGACCAUCAUCCGGUUGACCAGGACAUGUCGAAGACGACGACGAUAUCGCCGCUCUGUACGACCCAGUCGCCUGUGUGAAGUGAGAGAGGUAAACCCGGAGAUUUUGUCUCGCUCGGCCGUGCUGCUGCGGGGGCACCAUGCGAGCGUCCCUCCGCUGUUAACGGCCGUUUUCUGCCUCGGAAAACGAGCCGCAGCGUCUGCGCGUCGUGGGGAGAUAAGCGGCCAGAGAAGACGCACUAAUCCCCCUGAGGGACGGUCACAUUCCUCGAAGCGGCGUGCCCGGACUGUUAUGCCCGCUCAACCGAGUGCUUUUCGCGUGACGGACAAUGGGGGCUUUGACGAGCAGACAGAACAUAGGCGUGGAAGAAGUGGACAUACCGUCCAAUGCGGUGUACCGUUAUCCACCGAAAUCUGGGAGUUACUUCGCCAACCAUUUCAUCAUGGGAGGAGAGAAGUUUGACUCCACCCACCCGGAGGGUUACCUGUUUGGGGAAAAUACAGACCUUAACUUCCUGGGGACCAGACCUGUGGCGUUCCCGUACGCAGCACCUCCACCUCAGGAACCAGUGAAGACGCUCCGAAGCCUCAUAAACAUACGCAAGGACACGGUGCGGCUCGUGCGGUGCAGUGAGGACCUGAAGCUGCCAGGUGAUGAGGCAACGGGGAAGAACAGGGCCUGCUACAACGUAGAGUUCACCUUCGACGCUGACACACAGGUGGCCAUCACCAUCUACUACCAGGCCAUAGAGGAGUUUCACAAUGGAGUGCCAGUUUACCUGCCUCAGGACAGCUCUCUGCAGUCUGAGACAGUGCACUUCAAGAAAGGAGUUUGCCAGCAGUUCUGUCUGCCCUCACACACCGUCAACCUCAGCGAAUGGGCCGACGAAGAGCUGCUCUUUGAUAUGGACAAGGAGAUGUUCCCUAUGGUGGUGCAGGCUGUCGUAGAUGAGGGGGAAGAACAUUUGGGACACUCACACAUACUCCUGGCUACAUUUGAGAAGCACAUGGAUGGGAGCUACUGUGUGAAGCCUCUGAAGCAGAAACAAGUGGUGGAUGGAGUGAGUUAUCUACUGCAGGAGAUUUACGGGAUAGAGAACAAAUACAACAGCCAAGAAUCAAAGGUUGCUGACUAUGAGAUCAGCGACAAUAGUGCGGAGUGUGUGGUGUGUCUGGCGGAUGUCCGGGACACACUCAUCCUGCCGUGCAGACACCUGUGUCUCUGCAACGCCUGUGCAGUCACACUACGCUACCAAGCCAACUGCUGCCCCAUCUGCAGACUGCCCUUCAGAGCUCUGCUGCAGAUCCGAGCCAUGAGGAAGAAACUUAGUCCUCUGACUCCCACCAGCUUUCACCCUGUCAUCACUUCGCAGACCUCAGACUCAGAGGAACACUCAGCGUCAGAGCACAUCCCUCCAGGCUACGAAGUGGUGUCUCUUUUGGAGGCGUUGAACGGGCCCCUCAGCACCUCCUCUAUGACUCCUCCUCCUCUCCACUCGGGUCCCAGCCACGUCUCCGGAACGCUGCCUCCAUACAGUAAUGAGCCUCACCCAGCACCGGCGCGCUCCCUCUCUCCUCUAGACCACUCCAACUCCAGUCAGGGACUCAAACUUAAGAAGAGUGGUUCAAAGUCACUUUCCCAGAAUUCCUCUGUGCUUCCUGAAGAGGAGGAUGAGAAAUCUUGCAGUGAAUCGGAAGCCUGUCGCCACAAACUCGCUGUGGACCAGCAGGAGUGCGGAGUGACUCCAGACAGCGAGAACCUGACCCUCUCCUCAUCUGGAGCUAUCGACCAGUCGUCCUGCACAGGCACCCCCCUCUCCUCCACCAUCACCUCCCCUGAAGACCCAGUGAGCAGCAGCCUGGCCCAAUCAGUGAUGUCCAUGGCCUCGUCCCACUCGCAGCACUCCCACAUCAGCACUGACACCAUGUCCUCCAUGUCAGGGUCCUACCUAGCCGGGGUUGAAGGCGAACCCGGUGGGGAGGAUGGGGGCGAGGGCGAGGAGAACCAGGACACCCCCAUGGAGAGGCGAGGACCAUUGCACCAAGAAGGGGACUUCUCCAAACAGCAAAAGGAACAAAACUACUUGGUGGCUGUAGAGGAGCAGGAUUCAGAGGGAAACGAUAUGACAGAAGAGGACUGCUCCUCCCCAUCUAUUGGGAAAGGUGGGCGGAGCAGGUGUCCAGAGUUGGCCAAUAACAAUCAGGGCGUCGCUCUGUGUGACACGCCCUCUUUGGGGUUGGAUAAUGAGCAAGCUACCGACAGCCAAUUCGCUGGUCUGAUGUACCCCGGGGGCUACAGGCCUGUUUUGGAGCCCCUCCACCACCACCACACCUCCACCAGCAAUAUCAACCUGGAGGAGCAGGGGGCAGACAACAGGGAAAAGCAGAGUCCCAAACCUCCUCGCCACGGACCACUCAGUGUUUAACACGCUCACAGAAAUCACAUAGACACAAACUUGUCCUCCUUAGUUCAGAGUCAGCUCUUCUUAUCCCGUCAUAGUGCUGCAUUGCUGGACACACGGUCCACACGAAACAGGGAAACCCAUCCCCGCCUUCCUGAACGUCUCCUGGAUUGAUCGUUAUUACUGGAACGGAAAUCUUUCCUGAGCAUAAAGAUGAGAAGGAUGAGAAACAAACACCUCUCCCCUGUACACUUUAAUGUCAAAGUCUUUUUCUUGAUUUUUUUUUUGUCUGUGGCCUACCCUUUGUUGUAGGAUUGAUUAGCCUACUAUUUAUUACCCGUAGGUGUAAAAAAACGACUGCUCUGUAUUAUGAUAAUAUCUUUAGACACACAUGCUGCUCCUAUCCUUUCCUCUAUUACCAGCCAAACAGUCAGGGGCUACUGUGAUCGGCAAUCGGAUUUAUUACUAACUUCUUCUCUGUUAUAAACUGUGUGUUAAAUGAAUCAGACUCCACAUAAAGGUCAUCUCACACCAGACUACCUUACUAUACCUUAACACCUGAAAAAAACAAACCCUGUCUCUUCUCCUGGGAUCAGGGAGCUCCUGUCUGGUCUUCGGUCUUCGCAUGAAGCUUUUUAACUCCUGCUGAUUCUUUUUUUCUUUCACUUUGUCCCUGCCAUGAGUUUCAAACACCUUUGCUGAAUGUGAAUCCAGAAACGCCGGGACUUGUGACGUGGCAUACAAGCUAAGAAUUGUCAGCCAAAAUGAACCGAAAUGGCAAAAAAAAAAAGAACCCAUCACAGAGAAUGUAAGACGGUGGUCAAGUGGUUCUUCUAUCACACACUCUCUCCCUCUGCAGCACCAUGUUAGCAUGCCAGUUUCUUUCAAAGUUGCAACUGUAAAUCAACAAGUACCACUAAGCAAUAAAGAUGCUGACGCUGCAUCUAUCCCUUUC